UGUUUAUUUCAUUAUUUGUGUUGUAUACGUCUUGUGUCUUCUAUUAUACAUUCAUGCAAUCAUGAUUCAUGACGUUGACGUAUAAUAUCGUGUAUAUUUUUUUCAAACAUGUUGAAAAAUUUUAAAACUAUUUUAGUAUAUACCAUUAUGUGGAUAUUUUAAGGAAUAUUAAUCAUAUCAAUUUUUUWAAAUAUGUAUUUCCAACUUUUAUCGUACUUCAUAUUUUCAUUAGUUGCUGUGCUAAUUUUACUGUUUGUGUCUAUUGUUGUGUUACGAUGGCACUACGCUAGCAACAAGAGGAAAUGUCCAACUCAAUUUAGCUUAGCGUUUUUCCAUCCUUAUUGCAAUGCUGGUGGAGGUGGUGAACGUGUACUAUGGUGUGCCGUCAAUGCUGUUAGUACUGCAUACCCUAAAGUAAAAAUUGUUAUCUACACUGGUGACUUGGAAGUAUCCCCAGUAGAAAUAAUUAAACGAGCAAAACAGAGAUUUAACAUAACACUUCCAAAUAAUUUAGAAUUUAUUUAUCUGCACAGAAGAAAAUGGGUAGAAGCUGAAAAUUACCCUUAUUUCACUCUCCUAGGACAAAGUCUUGGAUCUAUCGUCUUAGGAGUUGAGGCUUUGCGUUUAUUUCAGCCGGAUAUAUACAUUGACACUAUGGGUUAUGCAUUCACAUUACCUCUGUUUUGUAUUAUUGGUGGUUGUAAAGUYAGUUGUUAUGUUCAUUAUCCAACUAUAAGUUCGGAUAUGAUAAAUAAAGUAAUUCGGCAAAAAGGAAAACAUAGAACAAUAUCUUAUAUCAAACUCAUAUAUUAUCAGUUAUUUGCAAAGCUAUAUGGCUUAGUUGGAUGGUUUGCUGAUUCUAUCAUGGUUAAUAGUUCAUGGACUGAGGAUCAUAUCAAUACACUUUGGAAGCGGCCUCUAAGCACUUACAAAGUUUAUCCUCCGUGUGACACAUCUGACUUACAAUAUUUGCCAUUAGAAAGACAAAAAACUAAAUCUGUKAAAAUUAUAAGCUUAGCACAAUUCAGGCCAGAAAAAGAUCAUCCAUUACAACUCAAGGCCAUGUACAAUCUCAGACAAAUUGUAAAUGAGCAUGUAUGGGAAAAUAUUGAACUUGUUUUUAUUGGUUCAACAAGAAAUCAAGAAGAUGAAAUGAGGGUUGUUGACAUGAAGGAUCUGUGUAAACAUUUGUCAUUAGAGAAUAAUGUAAAAUUUAAAGUAAAUAUCAGUUAUGACGAACUUAAAAACGAACUCUCUGAAGGAUUGAUUGGCUUGCAUGCAAUGUGGAACGAACAUUUUGGUAUUGGAGUAGUAGAAUGUAUGGCAGCAGGAUUAAUAAUGAUUGCACAUCGUUCUGGUGGCCCUUUAAUGGAUAUAAUUAUAGAAAAUGGUGUUGGACAAAAUGGAUUUUUAGCUUCAAAUGAAAUUGAAUACGCACAUGCUAUACACAAAGCACUGUUGUUGUCAGAUACUCAAAAAUUGUCAUUACAAAAGGCUGCCAGAGGAUCAGUAAAUCGGUUUUCUAAUCAACAAUUUCAUGACAAUUUUUUGAGAGCAAUACAACCAUUGUUUAGUUUUAAAAAAUUUAAAUAGUAAAUUAUUUUUAAAUAAAAAGUUUAAUAAUGACAUUUUGUUAUUCCUUUCAAUGAUAAUGCUUUAGCACUUUUUCAAAAAAAAAAAAAUUAUGAUAGUAUUAAAAA